AUGACGUGGUGUCGCCAGCUUCACCACCAUCUCUUCUCCCUUCCCAGUCUUAUUCUGGUUCUGCAGGUUAUCGUUGAGAGCUGGAAGCUGCUGAUUCCGUCAGCCCUACAGUCUGCCAACCUUGGCUUUCCCGUGGCCAGCGCACAACUGAGCCUUUGGGCCGAUCGCAGUUUACUCAUGCAUAUCAUCGAAUCCCUUCCAACCAAAGGCAAAUCUCUCACUCACCCCCGCUGUCCGAGGCGACGACCAGACCUUCAAAAACAAAGUGAGCAACCCCCAGAUUGA